AUGCCUUCGAGAUCUAAACGAAAUGCGAUUUUAUCUGAGUCAUGCUUUUCAGUAGCUACCGCAACAUAUCUAUCGAAUGAAAUCAUAACAACAACAAUAAUUGGACAUUUUGUUAUUUUAUGUGUCCCUGGUCUGUGUAUAGAAGUUGUCCCCUCUGUGCAGAAUAAAAAUGGGGAGAAACCUGAUAGAAAAGAAAGAAAGAAUGGAACUCAAACAAAACAAAUUAACAUUAAACAAGACGAAAAAUCACAAAGCCAUCACAUAGCCAUCGAAAAUGAUGAUGAUUUAUUUGAAUUAUGA